GUGGUGCUAAAGCUACGCCGCUGCACAAAGGAAUUUAACUGACCGGACUGCCACCCUCUUUUAAAUAUUGUUAUCGUUGUAUUCAUCAGAAGGGAUAAUGCUGUGAAGUGGCGCGAAGAUGACUGAGCUUAUCAUAUCUAGGGGAGACACCUUUCCCAGAUCGUACUUGGACCAAUACAGAAACAGCCGGUCCUGCGACAAUUACUAUAGUGACCUGAAGACUAGCAAGAGUGAUGAGUUAGUGCUUCAAGCCCCCGAAGACAUCCCCAUCGCUGCAGAAAUCCAUCACGGACACUCCGAGAAUCUUCUGGACACCAACUGCAUGUCGCCCACGGACUCCGAUUACCUGGACAAGCAGCAGCAGCAGCAGGAGGCCGUCGCCGUUCCCAGAAGUCAACGGCGGAGGCCUCCUGUCUACGAUCGGGUCGAUCCAGAAGACAGCAUCAGGGACAUCGUCACAGACAAUGACUUCUACAGAUUUGUGUUGUUCAAGAAGCACUACGACAAGUAUCUGGAUUUGUCGCAGAAGUACGAGGAGACGCGGAACAUCGCGUACUACUUGGAGGAGAAAUACCACGAAGUUAAGACUGAGAGAGAUUAUUUGAUCCAACAAAGGGAGCAACUGUCGCGGAAGCUGGAGUCGAACGAGUGUCUGCUUAAGGAGAAAGAAGACGAGGUGUUCGAGCAGACCGAGAAAGUCCUGUAUUUGGAUGAGCAAUGCAACAAGUUGCGAAUGGAAAAGGAGAAAUACGUCCAGCAGAAAUUGCAGAUAGAGAAGGAGAGAGAUGAAGCCCUGAGACUGCUGAAGGAGCAGGCCAGGGAAUCCGAGUCGAACCGCAGAAAGUUGGAACGCGCCAGGCAGGAAGUGUUCAGGCACAUGACCAAGAUCAAGAACGAGAAGGAAUCUCUGGAAAGGGAGGUGAGUUAACACGCACAAGAAAUACGAAAACG